CCCUUCCCCUUCCCCCUCUCGGAUCCGACCCCCCGCGGCCCGCCCCUCGCCGCCGGCGACCAUGUCCAAGUACGGCACCAUCCCCACCUCCUCCUCCGCCGCCGCGGGGGCGCCUCACCUCGGCGGCGCCUCCCCGCUCGACUUCAUCUCCCGCGCCAAGGCCCGCGGCGCGACGGCGCUGGCCACCCGCCGGCCAUGGCGCGAGCUCGCGGACGUGCACGCCGUCGGGCUGCCCCCGAGCCUCGGCGACGCCUACCUGCGCGUGCGCGCCAACCUCGCCCACUUCGCCAUGAACUACGCCAUCGUCGUCCUCGUCGUCGUCUUCCUCUCCCUCCUCUGGCAGCCCAUCUCCCUCAUCGUCUUCCUCGUCUGUAUGGUCGGCUGGCUCGUCCUCUACUUCCUCCGAGACGAGCCCAUCGUCCUCUUCGGCCGCGUCGUCGGCGACGGCGUGGUCCUCGCCGUGCUCGCUGCUGUCACGCUCAUCCUCCUGCUGCUCACCGGCGCCACCACCAACAUCCUCACGUCGCUGCUCAUCGGCUUCGUGCUCGUCGUGGUGCACGCCGCACUGCACAAGGCGGAGGACAACGUUGACGAAGAAGUCGGCCGCUGGUACGCGCCGGUGCCAGCGCAGUAGUGUGAGAUCGCUCGCCCUCCAACUCUUGGGCCUGAGUGUGCUUGAUUCUCCUGGUCCUCCCUUUGUCCUCAAGUAUUCUAUGAGUGUAAGUUUAGUAUUGGUAUAUGGUCUCGGCCCAGUCAGGAUGAAGAACUUGUAGCUGGUGGUUCGUCUUCCGCAUGACGCUGGUUAAUCUGAAGCUUUUGAUCCAGUGAUGAUGGAAGGUUGUAAACUUUGGUCGUUGCGUACAGUUCAAAGAUUUUCUCUUGUUUACAUGUACCAAUUAUGGGAGAGAACGAAUCUGCACUCUGAAGUGUGAAAACUCAGCUGGCAGGGACCCUCUGUGAGGCUGGUAUACAUUACUUGGUGCUGGCAAUUUCUGAUCUGCUCACAUGGUUUCAUCUUGUAUGCACACGGUUUUGUUUGAAAGAGAUUGUCCAUUCCGUGCCAAUUAACCGCGCGGCUACUAUCUACAAGCUGUCGGACAUCUCAGGAAGUCUAUGUAGGAAAUUGUUUUACUCUGUUCAUUUUAUUUACUAUAUAUCUUCUGAAAUACGGGAUGUGUAUUGUUGAUCUUUUCUUGUA